AAACGCACUCGCAACCGCAACCGACGAUAACGCCGCGUGAAGUGGGCUGCUUUGGAAAUUUUACGAUUCAUUGUUGCUUGGACGUGGCAGCCAUGACGUGAUUUCUGACUUUGACUAAGAAAAUUUUUUGUUAAAAUUACAUUUGUAAAUUAUAGAAAAUUAACUUAAGGGAAUACGUGCAUUAUUAAGCCAGCAACAAGAGCUCAAUUAAGUGUAAAAUUAAAAGUGUGUGAAAACUAUUGCAAUUUAUACAACAAAAAAUAUAUUGUAGUGAAACUUAAAGCAAACGCAUAAUUUUAAUUAAAAGCAACAAAUUAGAAAUUGAGAAAAGCACAACUUCAAAAACAACUAAACAACUACUCAACAACAACUAAUUAUCAAGCUGCAGCAACAACAAUAACAACAAAAACCACCAUCGAGCUGUAUCAACAAUAUUUACUACUAUAAAUCCAUCGUCCAAUUGAAAAGCUAUAAAUUAAAGAGGAAUAAACCACAUACUUGCCUAUCGAUUGCCCGUCAAAGCGAUAUAUACGCACAGUUUUCAACACUGUUCGGCUGAACAGCGAGAGCACAGCUGAUUGUGCCUGCCUGUCUGGCCGUUGUGUUUUUGGUUGUGCGCGGGGCGGCAGUGAAAACUUUUCUGCGCUCGUAGUGGCCGAGAAGUAACAGUCCAAAAAGAAUAAGAACAAAAACAUCAACAACAACAACGGAAUUAAGAACUACACUCUGUGUGACGUGGUAGAAGCAAGGCAACAAUACACAUACACACAACUACAGGGCGCAGGUGUCAGUUCAGAACAGCUGUUUCAACACAUCUACCGAUAAGCCACAGAAAUCUACAAAGCACUAUUGACUUUUUAAUGUAAAUACCAUACAUGAAAGCAUACCUACCUAUAUUCUUUUCCAACAGUGGGUGAGAUAAAUGCACACACGUAUACGCUCAACCGUAACAACAGCAACAGCAACAACAAGAACCAAAAACUGAAACAGCAAUCAAUUGCCAUUGGCCCAGGCUUGUUCUACGUCACAUUUGAGACCARGAGUGGUGCCAGCAGCAGCAGGAGCAGCAACAUUCAAAAUUCUGCAACGUCUCUAAUCAAAGUGCAUUCGAAAAAAAGAAUUACAAACAACACUUCCAGUUAAAGUUACUUCCAUAAGUUUCUUCCUUUUAAAAAAUAAUUAAUUGUGCAACACUGGCGCGCCAGCCAAAAACAAGAAAACAAAAUCAAAUUUUUGCCAUUCACCACGCAACGUCACAACGACUAAGCAGCCAACUUUAUUAAACAAAAGUAACUAACGAGAGUAGUUCAAGUAAUAAGACAAAAUUAGCAUUAACAUUGUGAUCCACAUCCACACAUCAUCAAGAAGAGCAUUUUUGUGGGGGGCGGACACGUUAUGAGCAAUUCGAUUGCAUCAACAAAAUGCCUGCCCAAUGUCUCGUUCUCGUCCGGCAAUUAUGGUAUGUCACAAAGCCACCGUUACACCGAUGAUACAAAGGAGUACAUAUUCCUCAAGCUUACCGACUCUGCCUACCGUGCCAUCGAGGAGUAUCAAAGAAAUGAGAAUGCCAAACGAUUGGCGCCCGGCCAAUGUGCCAAAAUUCAAUGCAAUGGCAACACUGGCUUCAUCCACUUCCCGCUGCCCAGCAGCGAUAGCAGCAAUUCUGUUAAUAACGGCAGCGGGAGCGGGAUGGAAGCAGGACGCAAAUUUGGCUUUACCAUUGACGAUCUGGAGGGCACAUUGGAGUGCAUACAACAGCAGCAGCAGGAGCUCGAUGUGCUUGGAGCAUUGGCGCGACGCAUGCGUAUCCAUGCCAACGAUGAUGUCUACGACACGACGCGCUCGAAAAUGGCUCGAGUUGAGGAGACGGAGAAGAGCAAAUGUAUACGGGAGAUCAAGCCAAAUCAAUCGGAUAUUGGGCGUAAGGUGAAGAAGCCGGCCUCGGCAUCUUCACAUCACAGUGGGAACAACAACAGCAACAACAACAGCAGUAGCAGCAAUAGUUUUAACAGUAACAAUAGUCGUAAGUUAGUUUCAUCGCCAUUUAAUGGUCUGACGUCAUCAUCAGUUGCAACAGCAGCCACAGCCGUAGCAGCAGCAGCAACAUCAAUCGCCUCACGCUCGCCCAAUCCCAAUAUCUUGGGAGCCAGCGGCACAGUCAAUGGCAGCCGCAGCACAGCCCUGGCCAACACAUUCGCCAAUGGUAUCUCCCAGGGUUAUGCGCUGAGCGGCAGCUCGCCGAGAGACAGCAAUAGCACAACAGCAGGAACAGGUGCGGGGACAGCGCUGGGUGGAUCCUUCAACAGCAAUGGACGCAAUAAAAUGCUCAAUGGCAGCGGCAGCAAUUCGCGCAGUGGCAACACCAAAUCGGGUGGUGCGAACGGCAACGGUGGUGGCAAUGGCAACAAAAUGUCCGAUGUAUCGCGGCGCAGCAUACGUGAGCGAUUAAUACAUUUGCUGGCAUUGAAGCCGUUCAAGAAACCAGAGCUUUAUGCGCGCCUCAAGAACGAGGGUAUCAAGGAUCGGGAGCGCAAUCUAAUUGGCAAUAUACUCACGGACAUAAGCACCAUGUCUCACAAUACCUUCAAUUUGAGGCGCCAGAUGUGGAACGAUGUCGAUGAGAACUGGCCGUUCUUUAGCGAGCAGGAACUGCAGCAACUAAAGCGUCGGAAGCCACAGAAUCUGACGCCUCCAAUGAGCUCUGAUGCAGGCAGCUCAACUUCCGGUCAAAGUCCAACGUCCACCCAUACAGGUAGUCCGCCGCCCCUGCUCAGCAUGCCCUCAAAUGUGGUACCACAAAUGGCCAACCAUAGUGGAGGACCAGGCGGCAUCGGUGGCAACAGCCUGAAGCGGAGUAGCAUUGAGUACGACGAAAUGUUCAGUACGGUGCAUCCGAAAAAGCAGCGCAUCAGUCACUAUACAAGGGAGGCGGGACCACAAUUUACAUCGUCCUCCUCAUCGUCCGUUGGCUGCCCCUCUGGCAACUCCUCGGGCUCAUCGUAUCGCAAUCGAACGGCUGCGUACACGCCACCGCAGCGACAGCAGCCACAGCUGGAGGAUCACAGCAGCAGCGAUUUAACAUACAGCGUGCUGGACAACAUGGACGAGUUUAGGAGCAUGACAGCGGCAGCUGCUGUGGAGCAACAUCAGCAACGAAGCAGCAGCAGCAACAGCAACAGUAGGCGUGGCAGCGGCAGCUCAUCCAAGCAAAGCACGAGCAUCGGCGGCCCCAUUGACAAGCGCAACUCAACGGGCAGCAACUCGAGCAGCUCCAGUGGCUACGAGACUCAGCAGGAGCGCAAUAGUCGCCAGGCAUCGACAGUGCAGCAGCAGCCGGCGCACAGUCGAAAAUCGUCAACAACGCCGCCCAAAUUGACUGCUAGUUUUGUUCGUCAGUCAACGCCGACAGCAGCAACGCAGCAACAGCAGCAGCAGCAACAACAGCAGCAGCAGCAGCAACGGAACAGCUUCAACAGCAGCAGCAACAACAACAAUAACAAUGCGCACGAUGAGUACAAUUCAUACAACAACAACACGCAUGCCGCGUCCAACAGCAAGAAGCGCACGAGUAGCAGCAACAGCAACGGGCAACGUCAGCGUAGCAGCAGCAGUAAUACUAGCAGCAACACGUAUGCACAGCAACAACAACAGCAACAGUUGCCAGCGCCUGCGCAGGCGCAACAGCUCCAUCAUCACCAACAACAGCAACACCAGCAGCAACAGCAACAGCAGCAGCAUCGGCAACAGCAGCAACAUCAUGCAGUGGAAACGAUACAGCAGCAACAGCAAGCACAGCAACAUUACAUCAACAACAAUCACAAUAACAACAUUAACAACGGCAGCCACGAGAGCGAUUCGGAUGACAGUUCUGGCAGCUCCGAUUCCAAUGAUGAUGAUGAYGAUGAUUGCGAUGAUUCCAACUCCAAUACUGAUGAUGACGAACGCUACUGAUUAAAUGGAUAA